AUGACAGACUUAAAUCUUCAAGAGAUUCACGAUACGCUAAUAUCGGUGGCCCACGAGGCCGGCCGUAUGAUCUUAUCUGCGAACCCUCAAGAUAUAGAUACGGGAACUAAAUUGAAUUCCGCCGACAUAGUCACCGAAACCGACAAAGCCGUUGAAGCUCUCGUUUCCUCGCGACUCUCCAAAGCCUACCCUACCUUCGCCUUCAUCGGCGAGGAGACAUAUAAGCCAGGAAUGCAAGUCACUACAGUCCCGACUUUUAUCGUAGACCCUAUCGAUGGUACCCUCAACUUCGUACACAACUUCCCGGAGGCCUGCAUCUCGUUAGGCUUCGCAGUCGACCGGAUCCCCACCGUCGGAAUCGUGUAUAACCCUUACCAAGAUAAGCUAUACUCCGCAAUCCGCGGGCAGGGUGCGUAUUUAACGCAAGGCGCCGUCUGGGGACUCGAGGGUGGCAAAGGGCGCAAAGCUAAGUUGCCGCUGUCUAAGAACCCCCCGCCUCUAAAGGAGUUGUAUACAUGCAUGUUAGCAAGCGAAUGGGGCAAUAGCCGAGAUGGCGUCAAUUUCGAGGUCAAGACGGAAGUCUUUAAGAAGCUAUGCGCAAGCAAAGACACUGGAGGUGCCAUGGUGCAAUCUAUAAGAAGCAUGGGGAGUGCGGCAUUGAACCUGUGUGCCGUAGCUGCAGGUCAGCUUGACGCGUACUGGGAAGGCGGCUGCUGGGCAUGGGACGUCUGCGCUGGCUGGGCAAUACUUGCCGAAGCCGGUGGUAUUAUGGUCAGCGGCAACCCGGGAGACUGGGAGCCCAAGAUCGACGGGCGCAAAUACUUCGCGGUGCGCGGCGCGCCCAGUGGGCAAAAGGAGCUUGUAGAGGAGUUUUGGAACGUGGUCGGCGAUAGGAGGAUGGAAACUCGACAUGGCCGAAUUUCGACGCAGCCCGGCUCAACCCCGAAGAGUUGGAAUAAAGAGGAACUUCGGAAAUGUGGUGCUAUAGGAACCACAGAACUGCGACGUCUUAAUUUGCGAGGCAAAAUCCAUCCAGUAUUUUCGAAUUGGAAAGAUAUAAAUCAAGAGCUACGUAGAGAAUUGAAACAGCCGCUCCUUCUUGCGAGUCGACUCCUAGAGGCCGCAGGACUGCCAUGGGCCUCUGAUUUCCUCACCCACGACGUCUUCAUUAAAGGUUACCCCGGUCGGAAGCCAAGCUGUCGCUGUAGUUUUACGCAUUCUUCCACUGCUCGCGUAGAUGACAAUGAGGCAGCGCCACGGACGAUCGUGAGACAUCACCAUGCUCCAUGGGCCUCGUCACAGCUUAAAAGCAGAUGGACACGUACCGCGGAGAGCAAGCUUAAGGGUGAGAUGUCGAAUUCCCUAAAGUGGGAACUGGACGAGGAUAUGUUCCAUGAGCGUGGAUGGGCCGGGUACACUUGUCGACAUCCACGGAAUGGGCAGAUGCUGGAUGAGCUUGAUAAGUAUGAGACUAUACGGCGGUGGGAUAAGAAAUGCGAGAACCGUCGACGCCGCAACCUGUCAAUUUUAGUCACGGUAGAGUUCCCUAAGCGCUUGGCUCAGCUGAGAUGCGAGGGGAAGGAACAGAGCGAGGAAUAUCUCUUGACGGCGUUCAUGACGGCCGUUACGCUUUUACAUGAACUCGGUCAUGCCAUUUACUGGAAGGACUGUCGGGCUCUCACACAUGAUCUACGCGAACCUUUUUACGGCGCUGAUCUUGAGAUGGAACUGGGAGAUAGCUUCGUCGCAUCUAUAUUUGGCGGUUGGAUACCGGUACAGAUUAGAAAUAAUGCUCAGUUAAAAGAGAGCUUGGACUUUUCAGUCGGCAUCGCAUGGAAGCAGGUACUGAGUUGGGAUUUCCACCGUCUACGACCGAAACACCGCGCUCACUACUCAAUACCCGUUGACUACGUAUCUCGCCUCUUCUCUGAGCAAGACUGGCUGGCAUCACGCAAGGAUCUUCGAAGGGACUUGAUCCGACCUCAGACGCUAGAGCCGGCUGUCAAGGGCGUUGGCAUAUGUCCGGAAGUCGCCGCAGGGGGUAGGCACGCAACGGCUACAAUCGCAGACUUCCACUUCACUGGACAAGGCUGUGUAUGGAACCGGCUUACUGGGGCACGGUUCCGCAUCCCGCAGUACGACGGCUACCUAUGUCCGGACCUCGACCUUCCUAUUGCCACUGACGACGUAAUUGAGGAACCAAAGCCACGGCCCCAGCUUAAACCAUCCCCUAUGCCGCCCAUGUCUCCUCCUCCACCACCACCCCAAACAGCAAUAACGUCUAACAAGAGCGUCGUGCCUAGCUCCCCUAGUAUUCAGAUCAAGCUAGAUAUGUUCCCGCAACCCCCGCGGAACCCCGUUCCUAAGAUCAGAAAAAAGCCAAAUCUAGUAUACGAAUACAACGAUAGGCUGAUGAAGAAGCCAGCACCUAGACCCGUAAAACUUGUUAAGGAGGAGGAGGAGGAGCACCUGUUGAGCCCGGAUAUGUCUGAGAUCUCGCUAGAUGAUCUGCGGAACCGACUAUCGCAGCUCCUAGGGGUUUCAUUCGACGAGCUUGAGAGGUUCUUUGAGGUUUCGCAGUGUGUAUGA